CGUGGCACUUGCUCUAAGUUUCAGAUUUUGGAGAGAAAAGGUUCUUGGUGGUGAGCAGGCUGCAGCUCAUUAGAUUCAAAUGGUGAAUGCCAGGCGCUGAUUAGGUACCUCUAAGAUUAGUUGUUGAUCAGGCGAAGAGACAACGGGCAGAGGCAACUCAGUGGCAAAUAGGAGCGGGAUAGGAGCAGUUCAUAUUCGAACCCCUCAUCGACAAGAGCACAGUAAAAGUGACUGUGGAAUUACGGGCGCAUACGUCAUUAUAAGUCGGAUUGAAGCAUGGCGGCGGCAGAGAUGAACGGAGCACUACAGCAGAUUCAGCUGAUUGAUGGGGAGGGCAACUACAACCUCACGGGAAUUGAAUCCUUUGCCCGGAGAGUCAAGCUCGCGGAGUGCGGCUUGUCGUAUGCUGUGAUUGCCAUCAUGGGCCCACAGAGCAGCGGCAAGAGCACUCUCCUCAACCACCUUUUUGGAACCAAGUUUGUGGAGAUGGACGCCCUCCGAGGGAGAAGCCAAACAACGAAGGGUGUUUGGUUGGCCCGGGCGCCCAAUGUGGAACCAACGACCCUCGUGAUGGAUCUCGAAGGAACGGAUGGCCGGGAGAGGGGAGAAGAUGACACCACGUUUGAGAAGCAGAGCUCGCUGUUUGCGCUGGCGGUUGCGGACGUGCUGCUCAUCAACAUGUGGUGCCACGACAUCGGGCGCGAACAUGCGGCCAACAAGCCGCUACUCAAAAUUGUGUUUCAGAUGAUGAUGCGGCUCUUUACUCCCCGCAAGACCAAGCUACUCUUCAUCAUCCGUGACAAAACAAAGACCCCCCUGGAGACUUUGGAGCCCAUCCUUCGAGAAGACAUCCACAAGAUUUGGGACUCGCUGCCCAAGCCCAACAAGGAGAAGGAGGUGCUGUUUGAGGACUUCUUUCAGAUUGAGGUGGUGGCCCUGUCGAACUUCGAGGAGAAGGAAGAACAGUUCAGGGAUCAGGUGGCGGAGCUGCGGGGCCGCUUCCAGAACUCCAUUGCACCUGGCGGCAUUGCCGGCGACCGGCGGGGCGUGGUGCCGGGGACGGCGCUUGCGCUGAGCAUGCAGGAGAUGUGGAAAGUGAUCAAGGACAACAAGGACCUCGACCUGCCCGCACACAAGAUCAUGGUGGCCACAGUGCGAUGCGAGGAGAUUGCUGCGGAGAAGAUUGCGGAGUUGAAGAGUAACCAGCACUGGUUGGAGUUGGAGCGGAAGACGCAGCUGGGCCCCGUGGCUGGUUUCGGCAAGCAGGCGGGGGACCUCCUGAAAGCAGUCCUGACGGGGUACGAUACGGAGGCGGCCUUCUUCGAUGAGAGCGUGCGGGCGGAGAAGCGGAAGGGCCUUUUCACCAGCGCAGUAGGGGUCAUUCACGAGUCGUUCACGACCCUGUUGGGUCACCGGCGCGCAGAGGCGCUCGACAAGUUCAAGGCUGAGCUGGCGGCCUCCGGCGUCCCCUCUACCUCCUCCGAUGGACCGCCCAGCAAGGACGCCGACGUGCCUGGCUUUGCGGAGGCGCGCAGGCGAUGCACCGAGAAUGCGCUUAAGGCCUUCGACAAGGCUGCCGCGGAUGCUCUCGUGAGUGGUGCGGGGUGGGACUACCUGCGCACCCGGCAAAAGCUGCAGCGCGACAUCGACGCCCACGCGACCGCUGUGCGCACCGAGCGACUGGCCGCCAUCCAAACGAAGGCCAAGGACACGUUGCAAGGCAAGCUUGCGGAGCCCGCCAGUUCGCUCCUGGACGCUGCGUCCUCCGAGACCUGGCCCGGCCUGCGUGAGCUGCUGGCGCGCGAGACGGCGCACGCGAAGCAGGAGCUGGCGGCCGCGGUGGCGGGCUUCGAAGUAGAGGCGGAAGAAAGCGGCGCGCUGGAGGGGGCGCUGGAGGACGCGGGCAGGGAGGCGGUGGAGAAGCGCGCCAAGGAGGAGUCGACGCAGGCGCUGAUCAGGAUGAAGGAGAGGUUCAACACUUUGUUUGGCCGCGACUCCGAGUCGAUGCCGCGCACGUGGGCAGGCAAGGAGGACAUCCGGGCCAUCACGCGCGAGGCGCGCAUCGGCGCGCUGCGGCUGCUCAGUGUUCUGGCCGCCGUCCGAUUGGACGACAUCGACGGCCCUGAUACCGUGGCCGAGGCGCUGGAGACUCUGCUGGAGGGGCAGGAGGGCAGCAUGGCACUGCACCCGCACUCAGAGGGAGGAAGCGCGGCGGGGGCCAAGGAGGCGCCGUCCAGGAAUGCGCUGGCGGGGGCUACGUGGGAGAACAUUCCGUCGUCCGCGACGCUGCUGACCCCAAGCGCAUGCCGCUCGCUGUGGCGGCAGUUGAAGGCGGAGACGGAGUACACGAUCAGCAGCGCCAUCGCCGCGCAGGAGGCGCACAAGCGCAACAACUCGUGGCUGCCGCCGCCGUGGGCCAUCGUCGCCAUGAUCGUUCUCGGCUUCAACGAGUUCAUGGCGCUCGUCAGGAAUCCCCUCUUGUUGUGCGUCGUGGUUGCCGCCUACUACGUUGGAAGGGCCCUGUGGGUGCAACUCGACGCAUCCGCCGAGUUUGAGAACGGACUGGUGCCGGGCCUGCUGUCGAUCAGCGCCAAGUUUGUGCCGACGCUGCUGCGCUUGCUGAAGCGGCUGUACGAGGACGGGCAGCACACGGUGCAGCACGCGACGGGUAUCCAGAUGCACGACUUUGCGGCCAGCAACAGCUCGACCACGUGGGAGCAGAACGGGUACGGAGAUGACGUCAGCAGCAGGGCCACGGGCGUGGCGAGCAGGCCCGUACGGCAUCGGGGGUCAGCGGCGCAGUCGAGUGGGAUGGCAGAUGUGCGCAAGGUUCAAACGGAUUCAAGUUGAUUCUGACUCGGUUGUGCUGCAGCGGGCUUGCAGAGGCUUUGCGUGAGAAGGCUGCGAUGUAGACUACUUGUUUUUCCAAGCUUGCAACACCUACUUUCAAAGCAACACAGCGAACACAAACGUGGUUGAGAAUGCAGAGUUUUUUGAGUUUGCGGAGCCUUGUGCUGUGUGUGCGGCGUUGCC